AUGGGAUGUAACAUAAACACAUUCACUGGUGAAACCACCGCUAGUGAAUGUUCGAAUGCAGCAUGUUUAGCAGCUUGUAAAGCACGAUAUUAUGCCUGUACUGCACAACCACCUAACGGCCAAGCUAAUGGAUCAUGUAAACAAUCAACAACGACCACAACAACAUAUCCACCCAUGACUGGAGGUCCCUAUUCAUGUCAAUGCAACUGCUGUAACACCGGAUCGUAUUCAUGUACACCAACAUUUGUAGGUUAUUCUAAUGCUUUCUCAUGUCAAAUUGGUGCAUGCAGUAUUGCUUGCGCUAAUCAAUAUCCAUAUGUAUGUGUAAAUAAUUAUCUUGGUCAAACUCAAGGUACGUGUUUGGGACUGACUUCUCCAACACCACCGGUUCCGACUGGAGGUGUACGAUGUGGUUGCGUAUGUCAAGGUACGGGUGGAUAUCAAUAUUACGAAAUGAUUGCUACUAGUGGAUGUUCAUCGUGCAGCAUUGCCUGUAAAAGUGUGUUGUCUCAAUGUUCUAAUCAUCAAAAUACUUAUUGUAUUUAG